CUCGGUGUGAUACAUGGUGAAAGGGUCCUGGUGAUGAUGCGCAACAGUGUGGAUAUGGUGAACAUCUGGCUCGCAACAAAUAGGUUGGGUGCAGUCUGGGUUCUGAUCAAUAUCGAACUAAAAUCUCUUACCUUGGAACAUGUCGUUAGAGCUGCAGAUGCACGAGUUGCCAUCGUGGAUCUCGAGUUUACAAGCAAGUUUGGGAGAGCGCAGGCUGAUCGAAUACAGCAUGUCUUCGUCACAAACGAUGGGGGCUCAGGAGGGCUUUCUGCGUUGUAUCGCUUGCGUACUCCCGUUACAACAUCUAUGGCAGUUCUGCCUUCCACCACGGCAGCAUUCUUAUGCACGAGUGGGACCACGGGCAAGUCGAAACCUUGCAUCUUGUAUCAUCAAUAUUUCAUUCUUCAGGCGAGUGCAUUGGUGGAGACGUUCGGACUGCACGGUGGAGAUGUUCUUUACUGCCCAUUUCCUCUAUUUCACGCGGACGCGACUGCAUUGACCACUGUCCCGGCCAUUCUUUUGGGCGCUGUUGCUGCCAUUUCGAGGCGUUUCAGUGUCAGCAAGUUUUGGGAUGAGAUCAGACAGACCAAUGCUACUGUGUACGAUUUUAUGGGUGCUACAUUAGCCCUGAUGUACAAGCAAACGCCUACCCAUCGUGACCGUGAACACAAAGUCCGGUUGGCAUGGAGAGUUCCAAUACCUAGCUUUGCAGCGAUUAUGAACAAAGGUUCGGUCAUCCGUUGUACACCCUGUAUGGCAGUGUUGAGCCAAGUCUGCCUAUCAUGCAACAGGGCGAGAGGGUGGGUGGCUCAUGUGGGACGAUACGUUCUGGAUACCAGCUCCGCAUAGCAAAUGAUAUGGACGAAUCGUUGCCAGCCAAGACAACUGGGCAUCUCCUGCUCAGGAGCGACAUUCCCAAUACGUUCUUCAAGGGAUAUUUCAACGACCCUGCGGCAACUGUUGAAUCAUUCUCAGACCUUUGGCUCCAUACUGGUGAUCUAGCUAAGGUCGAUGAACCAGGCAACGUCUACUUCGUUGGUCGAGCUAAAGAUGUUAUCCGCAGAAGAGGCGAGAAUGUCAACGCGUCCGAGAUCGAGGAGGAGUUGUUGCGACAUCCGGACGUUGUGACCGCUCCAGCGUUUGCCAUUCCAUGCGAACUUGGCUUAGGAACUGAGGACGACGUGAAAAUCGCUGUCAAAUUUCGUGAAGGGGCUUGUGUUGACGAAGGUGCCUUGUACGAUUGGACUGUACUAAAUCUUGCCAGGUUUCAAGUACCUGCAGUCAUUGAGAUUGUGAAUGAGAUAAAGAAGACACCCACCGGGAAAAUUGAGAAAAGAGGGCUUCUUGCUGAGGGC